AUGGACCACACGUCGAGCUCAUCGACGUCGUCGCAUGAUUCCUUUCGUCAACCACCUUCUCUCGACGACUCGGGCGGUAAAUCCACGCCCAUACGGACACCUUCGCGAUCAUCCUCCAGUCUCGGCAACGACAGAAAUAGCGACGAGCUUGAUGACGUCUCUAAGCUACGGAAACCACCACAAGCGCAUCGCGAAGAGCCGAGGAGAACACCGGGUUCUCGCGGGAUAACCGGUCGAUCAGAAGAUUCGGACGACGACAGUGACGACGCCGAGGACGACGCUCUCGUCUUGGAGCAGGACCCCGCCGAGAUGUCGAGUUGGUCGGGACAGCCCUCCAUCCGGGGGGGCUCUGAGGCCAUGCGGAUGAUCCUCUUGACCUUCAACACGCUUGGUAUCACCUUCACAUGGGGAAUCGAGAUGACGUAUUGUACGCCGUAUCUGCUCAACCUCGGCCUGUCGAAAAGCAAUACAUCACUGGUGUGGGUUGCAGGCCCUCUGUCUGGUCUUGUCGUACAGCCCAUCGUCGGAGCCAUCGCGGACGAGUCCAAAUCAAAAUGGGGUCGCCGACGACCCUUCAUAGUGAUGGGGGCAAUCAUUGUCGCAGUCGCCCUCAUGAUACUGGGCUUUACAAAAGAGAUUGUGGAAACGUUCGUCACGGAGAAGGAAACCGCUCGGAUAUUCACCAUCAUCCUCGCCGUAUUAGCCAUUUAUGUGGUCGACUUCGCCAUCAAUGCUGUCAUGUCUUGCGCGCGAAGCCUGAUCGUCGACACACUACCGAUUGAAAAGCAACAGACUGGCGCUGCUUGGUGCAAUAGAAUGUCCGCCAUUGGGCACAUGCUGGGCUACAUAGCUGGAGCUGUGGACUUGGUCGGCAUAUUCGGGACGUGGCUGGGCGACUCGCAGUUCCAAAUACUCACAGUCAUAGCCACCUUCAUGAUGAUUUCCUCAUCAGCAGUCACCUGCUGGGCCGUCCAGGAACGAGUCCUUGUAUCCACACGACAGGAUCCGCGCCAGGCCACCGGCAGGUUCAAAGUGUUCCGCCAGAUAUGGUCGACUCUACUCCACCUACCACCCCGGAUCCAAGCCAUCUGCUGGGCCCAGUUCUGGUCCUGGAUCGGCUGGUUCCCUUUCCUGUUCUACAGUACUACUUGGGUCGGCGAGACCUACUUCCGCUACGAUGCUCCCUCGGAUGGCAAAGACUCCAAGGACGCGCUGGGUGACAUCGGCCGGAUCGGAAGCAUGGCCCUAGUCAUUUACUCGACGAUAACGUUCAUAGGCGCAUGGCUGCUCCCGCUCAUUGUCAAGUCACCGGACGAUGACAACUUCACGGCCCGGCCUCCCCGGAGCAUCGCCCCAUUCUUGGAAAAAUUGGGCAAGAAGAAGCCCGACCUCAUGACGGCCUGGAUUUUCGGCCACCUCAUGUUCGCCGCCGCCAUGUCUCUGGCCCCCUUCGCCACCAGCUUCCGCUUCGCGACCUUCCUCGUGGCCGCGUGCGGCUUCUCCUGGACGAUCGCCAUGUGGGCCCCUUCGGCCUUCCUCGGCGUCGAGGUCAACAAGCUGAGCGGGGCCCGCGAAGGCGGGACCGGCGGCGGCGCGGCGUACCGCCGGCUGUCGGACGCCUCCAACAUUGAGCUGCCGACGCUCGGCCAGGACCAGCCGCUACACCUCGAACACGGCCCCGAAGACAACCCGCAGGCCUCGUCGUCCACGGGCGAGCUCUCGGGUAUCUACUUUGGCAUCCUGAACAUCUACACGACGCUGCCGCAGUUCAUCGGCACCUUCAUCAGCUCCAUCGUGUUUUCCAUCCUGGAGCCCGGUAAGAGCCCGGAGCUCUCGGACGCGCCGGAGGAGGAGCACCACAGUACGGACGGCCCCAACGCGAUUGCGGUGUGCCUCUUCAUCGGAGCCAUUUGUGCCGUCGUGGCCGCGUUUGCGACCCGGAAGUUGAAGUAUCUCUAG